CUAGCAACUGGAUCAUGACGUCAUCGUCCCAGAGCGACCCUGCUGCUGUGGCUUUGAUUGGAGGGAAACCCCGUGGAUGAGCGGGAGCCAUCGUCAGCUGUGCGGCCGGGGACUCAGGAGCAGCGCUGUUUGAACCAUUCACCACAGCCCACGCAAGGAGCCAUGGCAGACAAGGAAGAGCAGGUACAGAAGGCCAAACUGGCCGAGCAGGCUGAGCGCUAUGACGACAUGGCAGCCGCCAUGAAGGUCGUGACAGAGCAGGGCAAAAGCGGGCUGAGCAAUGAAGAGCGCAACCUGCUCUCGGUGGCCUAUAAGAACGUGGUGGGCGCCCGGAGGUCCUCGUGGCGGGUGAUGUCCAGUCUGGAGCAGAAGUCGGAGGACAACAACAAGACGGCCCUGGCCAAGGAGUACAGGGAGAAGAUCGAGAAGGAGCUCAAUGACAUCUGCAAGGAAGUCUUGGACCUGCUCGAAAAUCACCUGAUUUGCGAAACCACGCCUGCUGACAGCAAGGUAUUUUACCUGAAGAUGAAGGGCGACUAUUUCCGUUACCUGGCUGAGGUGGCCUCUGGGGAGGACAAGGAGAACAUCAUCCAAAACUCGCAAAAGGCCUACCAACAGGCCUUGGACAUCAGCUACAAAGAAAUGGAUGCUACUCAUCCUAUUCGUCUCGGCCUUGCUCUCAACUUCUCCGUCUUCUACUACGAGAUUGUCAACUCACCAAACCAGGCCUGCGAUCUUGCCAAAAAGGCUUUCGAUGAGGCUAUCGCCAUGCUGGACUCGCUCAACAGCGAAUCCUACAAAGACAGCACCUUGAUCAUGCAGCUGCUCCGUGACAAUCUCAACCUGUGGAUGUCAGACAACCAAGGCGAUGCCGAGGGCGAGGAGGCGGAGACAGAGGCAGAGCCGGCGCAAGAGGCGGCAGCGCCGGCGCAAGAGGCGGCAGCGCCGGCGCAAGAGGCGGCAGCGCCGGCGGCGGCGGCGGCCGACAAGAACUGAACUCUGGAAGAUUAAAGAAAAAUACAUUUACACAUUGUUUUUUUGUUACCUCUCACCAGCCUAAGUUGUGUGCGCGGUUUUAUGUAUGUAUGUAUGUGUGUGUGUGUGUGUGUGUGUGUGCGUGCGUACGUGCACGUACAUGCACACACAA